GGCUGACCCAGCUGGUUGUAAGUGGUCAGUUGUUUUAGAAGGUAAAAGAAGGAUACUUGGCAUUGAAGAUGUGGUGGACGAGGAAGAAUAUGAUGAGCAAUUUAAUGAGUCACCACCUUCCGUUUGGAGCAUCCCUCCAAUAGUCGAUGAUUUUGACACAACGUUGAAACGAAAAGAUCAUAAUGAAGGAUUUUAUGUCGCAAACGAGAAGAAUGAAGUAGGUAUGAAUUUUGUGAUUUUUUUUUCCAAUAUGUGUUACUAAUUGCAUAAAUUGCUUAUUAUUGUUAUGUGUACAAGUUUAUAAUUUAAAAAUGAUACAAAUCGAUGUCUUAAUUUAUUUAUGUCUUUUUUUUCAGGUAAGUAAUAAUGGAGGAUGAGGAUAUGCAUAAUCGUUCCAUGUCUUCGCAAGGUGAGAAAGAUGAGCCACACAAUCAAUCACAAUCAGAGCAACAAACAACCAACUCUCAAAAGAAGAAAAAGAAGCCAAGAGGUCCUUCAAAGGGCCUAAAAUCCAUGCCUAGGGUUCCUAGAGUGCUUGAAUGGGAUGAAUUGUGUCGACCCAUUGGAAAGUGGGCAAAAGCAUACAAAACUCAUCUUGGUGAAAUAAGCCGUGCAAAGGUGUCUAUAUUGUAUAAAGAUUGGAAUCAAGUUCCACAAGGAAUAAAAGACACUUUGUGGGAAGAUGUUAAGAGAGAGUUUCAAAUCGAAGAAGAUGAAGACAAGAAAAAAAAGGUCCUACGCACUUGCGAUAAAACUUGGAGAGAUUUUAAAACAAAAUUCGUCAGUGGUUGGAUCACAUGUACCAGGAAUAUGCCGAAGGAGAAAAGAAUGUCGUAUGUACUCUAUGAUUUCAUAUAUGAGGAUAUGUGGAAAACAAUUGUGCAGGAGCAUAGUACAGAUGAUUUUAAGGAAAUCAGUGAGAAGGCAAGACAAAGCCAGUCUUUCAACGAAUACCCUCACCAUUUAGGAGCCAAAUCAUAUGGUGAAAUGAAUAUUGUAUGGCGUAGAAAAGGGUAUAUUCCCACAGCAUCUUCAGCAUCCAGUACUUCAUCUUGUUCUUCGGUUGUGUCUAGUUUGCCGGAUAGGACAUAUGCUUGGCUUCUAGCAAGAUCAAUAGAAGAUGAUAAGGGAAAUCCUUAUUUGUCGGAUGAGAAAACAAGAGAGGUGAAAGAAUCCAUUGUAAGUAUAUAAUAAGUCUUUUAUUUCAAUUUUGAAUAUAUUUUGUUAAGUUUAUGUAUUGCUACCAAAGUUUUCUAACUUGAAGUCUUUGUGUAGGAUAAUUAGAGAAAGCAACAAGCUGAUGGAAAAUUUGUUCCUAAUAGGAAUGAUGAUAUCUUAUCUCGUGCCCUUGGGAAAAAAAAGAUCGUAAUGGUCGGGCAAUAGCAUUUGGCAGUGGAAUUGGCAUUAAAGCUGUAUGGGGAUCCGGAGAGAGGCGUAGUGGCCGACGAGGUAGGGAAUUCGGAGAUGCUGAGCUGGAAGAAUUAGAGGCAAGAGUAUCCCGGAGGGUACGAGAGGAGACUAUACAGGAGAUGGAUUCUAAAAUGGAUUCCAUGGUUCGAGAGAAGUUUAUGUUAUUUGCUAAACAGAUUGGUAUUCAAAUUCCAACUGAAUUGAUGGAAAUGAAUAACAUAGGCCGGACGACUCAACAAAAUCCUAGUAGUUGCCAAUCAGUGGGUGAUGAUCUAUUUGCAAACAUACAGGUAUCCAAAACUUUGUUAUUUUAUAUUUUUUAUCUUUUUUUUAAUGAUUUAUGAAUGCGACAUACUUUUAACUUUGUAACUCAGUUUUCUAUUUUUUUUAAUAAUGAUUUUUUUUCUAUCUUUGUAAGGAACCGGUUCCAUGUCGGCUAUCAUUGUUGAAAAAUGACUCCGAGAAAGUCAUUGUCGCUGAAGGUACAUAUAUCAUCCGGAGUUAAUCCUUGAUCAUCAUAGUAACCUCCUUCCGGAUCACAUGAGGAUAAUUGUUGAUGAUUUUUUUGACGAGUUCAAAGAAUUCUCGGUUCCAGUUUCUUCUUCAGUCAUCAAGAAACUUAAGCAUGCUCAUCACGGUACAUUUACCCAAUGGCCGAAAGACUUGGUUUCACUCAUGCAUGACAAGGUAAAUUAUUUUUGUAACAAUUUACAUAUAGUUUGCCAUACAAAAUAUAGA